CAUAUAUUUUUAUCAUCACUUUUCAGCAUUAUGGAAUAUAAAUAAAUAGGAUUUAAUGCGUAAAUUAUGAUUACAUUUUCUGAAAUAAAAUUGAUUUUUUAUGUUGUCCGACUGAAACGUAAACAACAACCAUUGUCAAUUAAUGAUAUAUUUUUACAAUCAGCGGAACAUGAACUGCAUCCGAAGUAUUUGCAUAAUAAUUGUUUCACCGAUAGCGUAGUAUCACUUAUAGAGAACGGAAGCGUGAUAAUUCAGCUGUGAUAAUUCAGCUGUGAUAAUUCGGUAUGGAGGAAUUGCUCACUUAUUUUGUAUCUAUUCUCAAUAAAACAGUCAGUUGUACAAUCGCUUAUGGGCAAAAUGCGUUUCAAGAUGUGCCGCGUCUUGCUUCUCAAACUUGUCUGCGUUUUUAUCUUCAUAGAUGCCGCAAUCACGGCGUGCAUCACCAGUAAACACGAGGAUGGAUUUGGCGAGCGUUUAAAAUGCUCCAACGUGACGUUAAGCACUGCUCUACUUUUUGGCGGGUCGAUUGUGGACGACAUUAUGAUUUUCCAAUCGCGGAUAGAAAAUAUUCCCGAUCGAUCGUUCUUAAGAUACAAUAAGAUCCUAGUUUCUUUGAAUAUGCACGACUGUGGCAUUAGAGAAAUUUCCAGUUACGCAUUCGACAGCCUGAGGAAAUUGAAAAAGCUUAGCCUGCCGUAUAAUUACAUCACAUCGAUAAAAGAUCAGUGGUUCGUCGAUCUGAUAUCUCUGCAGCGAUUAGACUUAUCAUACAAUCUUAUCACAUCGAUCGAGCCUACAGUCUUCGAGAAAUUGCGAGAUCUUAAAUGGCUCGACGUCAAGGAGAACCGUUUGACGUGUCUGGAACCGACACAGCUUGUACCAAUGGCCAGCCUCGAGCAAUUCCGCUUCUCUGGAAAUCCCCUUACUUUCCAGUGUCGUAGCACGUUGACGUUGUGGCUGCAAGAUCUGGGCAUAAAUUAUAAAACCGAUCAACGUGAGGAGGAAAACUGGCUGGAUAAUAUAUUGUGGCUCUGCGCCUCAGACAACAUUAAGAUAGCCGAUUCUGAAAUUUUCAUGAAAGAAUGUGUCAUCCUGAAUCUGUUCAAUCAACUUCGUACAGGUUUGACUACGGCUGAAUCUUUUCCCCUGUUUAUCUCUCAGAACUGUAUAGAUGCGAGACACGAACUAACAAAAUGUGUCGCUGCGGAUCGCAAACAUGGCAGAGAAGUUAUUACUAAUGGAUACGUCGUAAGAAAGCUAUUAGGGCAGCUGCAAGAAUUGAAAUCGAUUGUAUAACGCAAUAGAUAUUAGAUAUAGUAAAAAGAAAUCCAUUAUUUUUGCAUGAAAUUGAAUGGAAAAAUAAUGGAUUUCUUUUUACUACACCUAAUAUAUCAGUUUUCUAUAUCAAUUUUAAUCUAAAAUUAUAUUUGAUAGCUUGAAAAAAUUUGUAUUUGCAGAAUAAAACUUCACAAAAAUGUCUAUGCUUAAAA